UUGUCCCAGCAGCACCCCUUCGCCUGCCUCCGCCCCACCGGUCAUGCUACGGACAGGACCGCAACGUUUUCAGCCAAACUACAAGGAAACAUAAACACAAAGUCGCCAAUUUCACUGAACAUACCAAGUGGAACGAUUGUUCUUCUAGACACAUCUGGUGGCGCGACAUUUCAUUUGGUUAGCGGGUGUACGCAUGGGAGUGAUCCGGCAAAAGAAAAGGCAGAAGGUCUGCAUGCUGUUAGUUGCUGCCGAUCUGAGCUCUACCUGACCAGGAUCAGGUUGUAUCCUAUUCGUUAGUGGCAGCACGGGGGGAGGAGCCAUGAGUGAGGGGGAGGGGCUCUUCCACAGCGUGCAGGUGGGUGACUCCACCUUCACUGUGCUGACCCGCUAUCAGCAGCUCCGCGCCAUCGGGUCUGGUGCCCAGGGCAUUGUCUGCUCGGCCCUGGACAGUGUCCUUGGGGUCCCUGUGGCGGUGAAGAAACUGAGCCGGCCCUUCCAGAACCAGACCCACGCCAAGCGGGCCUAUAGGGAGUUGGUGCUGCUCAAGUGCGUCAAUCACAAAAAUAUUAUUAGGCUCCUGAAUGUCUUCACACCACAGAAUUCACUGGAGGAGUUCCAGGAUCUUUACCUGGUGAUGGAGCUGAUGGAUGCCAGUCUGUGCCAGGUCAUCCACAUGGAUCUGGACCAUGAGAGGAUGUCCUACCUGCUCUACCAGAUCCUCUGUGGCAUCAGACACCUGCACUCCGCUGGCAUCAUCCACAGGGACCUGAAGCCCAGUAACAUAGUGGUGAAGUCUGACUGUACUCUGAAGAUCCUGGACUUUGGGCUGGCCAGAACAGCCUGCACUAACUUCAUGAUGACCCCUUACGUUGUGACCCGAUACUACAGAGCACCAGAGGUCAUCCUGGGCAUGAAGUAUAAAGAGAAUGUGGACAUCUGGUCAGUGGGAUGCAUCAUGGGAGAGAUGGUGAAGGGCAGCGUUAUAUUCCAGGGCACGGAUCACAUUGACCAGUGGAACAAGGUGAUUGAGGUUCUGGGCACGCCCCCCAUGGAGUUUAUGAACCGUUUGAUGGAGACUGUGAGGAACUAUGUGAUGAACAAGCCCCAGUACCCAGGGGUCAGCUUCUCUCAACUCUUCCCUGACUGGGCCUUCCCAGCAGAAACAGAGCAGGAUCAACUCAAGACCAGUCAAGCACGGGACCUCCUUUCCAAGAUGCUGGUGAUUGACCCAGAGAGCCGUAUUUCAGUGGAGGAUGCCCUGGAUCACCCCUACAUCCACAUGUGGUACGACCCAGGAGAGGCUGAUGCGCCACCACCACAGAUAUCUGAUAAACAACUGGAGGAGCGAGAACACAGCAUUGAACAGUGGAAAGAGCUGAUCUAUGACGAGUUGAUGGACUGGGAGGAGAGGAACCAGAAUGGAGUAAUGAAGGAGAACUGUGCAGAUGAAGUGGCGAACCACAGUGCUACAGCAUCCCAGUCGUCCUCUACGAGUGACUUCUCCUCAAUGUCCACUGAGCAGACCUUGGCCUCUGACACCGACAGCAGCUGUGUUGACACCCUCACGGGGGCGCUAGAGGAGUGACAGUGAGCCUCUUUCCACCCCGACAUCUGUUUCUUUUUCAAUCAUCACUAACUAUCCAUCUUCUUAGGUAGCACUUUUCACAUUACUUUAUACUGUCUAUUUUUACUUUGGGUCCCGCUGGAUGGUAAAUCAUACAACCGCUUUUGUUCUUUAAACUGAAAAUGAUUCCGUUUUAAAUUGAACUCUCUCUGUCACUCUUUCCCUAUCUCUGUUGUAAAUAGUCCAUACAUACUGUACCAUGGAUCAAAUAAGUCAUGCACCUCUAGACUUGUUGUCCAAGCCAAGAGCACACACUGUUCAAUGUGUAGUUUGACCACCUACAGUUUCAGUAUAAAGUACUGUAUAUGCAUUAAACUAGGGCUAGGCUAUAAUGUCUUAUGACUGUUUUGUCAUCGGAAAUAUCUAAUGAUGAACAAAAGACGUUGCUGCAUGUUACUAAAAAUGAAUACUUGACUACACAUAUAAACAGCUGUGAUGCAAGAUCUUCAUGUAUUUCCAUCCAGAGGACAUUAGCCUCCUCUGUGUGAAGAAACAAUACUUGGCUCUUGUCUGGGUUUUUCCUCAUGAGGGUAAAGAGUGAUACGUUUUAUGCAUGUUAUGUGUGUUCAUGUACAUAAGUAUCUAUCUAUACUGUAUACUGUGUGUUUAAAUGUAGUGAUUGUUGUGAUGCUGAGACUGGGUUUUACAGCUGAUCCAAAUAUGCUGAGGCAUACAAACUGUACAAAAUACAUUCAUUUAUUUUGGAACAAACUAUUGUUAAAAUGCAAUGGGAAACAUUUCAGAAAUUCGUUGAUGUUUGAAAGAUGUAUUAUAAUGAAACUGAAUGGGAGAAAAGGCGAAGAACGGUGGAUACAUUGCACUUUCUAGACAAUUUCAUCUUAAAGUCAUUCCAAGAAAAAUAUUGAUUAAAAGAGGGAUACAAUCAUGCAUUCAGUUGUUUUUCAGAUUGUUUCUAAAAAUUGUAUGACUAUCCAAACUCCCCCUAAACACAAGCAACGCGCAACUGUGUCAUCGUCCCAACAGUCUUGAGUCUGCAUUUUUUUCCUUUUCUGUGCAGCUCUGUCCUCCAGAUACACUCUCAUUCUCAAUCCUUCAAUGGGCAAUGUUGAAUCUAGCCUGUAAUGCUUUACUGUGUGUUGAUUGAUUUCAUAGCGAUACGUCUGUUUGGAACGUCUAGACCCUCAGUGUGGUGACAGGAGAAAUGUUCCAGGGGUAACCAAAGACAGGUCUCACCACUGAUUGGUAGCUUUCUGUCAUUGUGUUCUUUUCCAGCCCAUUACUGGUGUCCAGAACAGUCUCAAUGCUGGACCAUUAACUGACAGGUUUGAUACCAUGCGUCAUGUAUGUUUGAGAGUACAGUGGACAUUCUCCUUGGGACUUGAAAAUCAACACUGGCGAGACCCACAUUGACUUAGGAAUCUUGAUAAUUCUGGACCUCGAUGUCCUGAGAAAGAGCGUUGUGAUACCUGACCGACAGAUCCAUACUAAUGUCUUUGCCUCAGUCCUGCUGGGGACAAACUGGACUGGAGCUGUGUUCAUGGUGGCAGUCUGCUGGGGACAAACUGGUCUGGAGCUGUGUUCAUGGUGGCAGUCUGCUGGGGACAAACUGGACUGGAGCUGUGUUCAUGGUGGCAGUCUGCUGGGGACAAACUGGACUGGAGCUGUGUUCAUGGUGGCAGUCUGCUGGGGACAAACUGGACUGGAGCUGUGUUCAUGGUGGCAGUCUGCUGGGGACAAACUGGACUGGAGCUGUGUUCAUGGUGGCAGUCUGCUGGGGACAAACUGGACUGGAGCUGUGUUCAUGGUGGCCCUGAGAAAGAUACAAUGCAUUCGGAAAGUAUUCAGAUCCCUUCACUUUUUCCACAUUUUGUUAUGUUACAGCUUCUAAAAUGAGAUGAAAUUGUUAGUAUUAUUCUAAAAUGGAUUAAAUACAUUUUUUUCUCAUCAAUCUACACACAAUAUCCCAUAAUGACAAAGCGAAAACAGUUUAUUUUUUUAAUGAAAAAAAUAAAUAUAUCUGAGAAAGAUCAACUCCAUGGAGCACACAACACCGCCCCACAACCUCCCAAGGGCUUUUUUCCUCUGGGUUAUUGUUUUUCACUGAGUGAAUCUAAUGUGUGAGGGACAUUGAGUGGGGUUGUGUGUCCCUGGUUUGUGCAGUGUAGUAAUAUACAAGGCUGAAAAUCUGAAUAUGAGUCUGACAAUUUUGCUCCUGUUUACUAAGAUAUGGGGCAGGUUGACUCUUAAAUCAACAUUGUAAGGUCCCAAUCAGUGAUGUAGUGGUAAGAGAAAGAUGUGGGUAAACUCUGAUCGCCAGGCCACCGUGAAAAAAGUCACGCUCCCUUUCAAUACAUUUUUUCCGCAAAAGGUGGGUAAAGUGUCGGGCAAAAUAAAAAGGUGGGUAAACUGUCGGGCAAAAUAAAAAGGUGGGUAAACUGUGUUUACUUGUGUUUACAGUCCACUGGUCCCAAUCAUAUUGACCAAACCCUGUGUUUACAGUCCACUGGUCCCAAUCAUACUUACCAAACCCUACUGGUCUAUGUUACCUUAUGUAUUUAUCUCUAUCACUCAUUUUGUUAUCAAACAAUCAAUACAGACACUUUGUCUGGUUUGCUGUUUAAUGCAAUCAAACUUGUUUAAUACACAUUUCUUCAAGACAUAGAUACAUAGUCAAGUCUAUAAACUGGAGGUAGAAUCUGUUAGAUUGGCCUGUCUCUACUGCUUGUGUUCUCUGCUGUGUAAUGCCAUGUAUGGACGCCCACUGGUGGUCUUAUUCAGAGAUGCAUCACUGAUGACUCCUUAAAGGUGCUACACAUAAGAUUUUUUCUUCACAUUUUUGCAUUGUAAUUAAAAAAAAUGUCCAUAAUGUAUCUGCCGGUAAUAGUGAAAUGAUAGUGUGUCGCAAUAUUACUGACCCACCAGUGUUGUGAUUGGCUGGUGUAUUCGCCUAUUGAUUUCUUCCGCCACAGCGGCAUCUGUGGUCAAACUAGGAAAGCUGUUCUGACUUUGUGGCUGGGAUAUCUAGUGGAAAUCACUCAUUUCCUGGUUGAGAAAAUUCUAUACGGUUGGCUCAAUUUCAGUUUAUGUGAAAAAACAAGCACUGAAUAGUGACCAAAACUGCUGUUUGAUGCUGGUGGACCAAAACCAAAAGUAGCUUUCGUUUUGGUCCACCAGCUUCAAACAGCUGUAAAAAUGAUAUGGUUUAUUAUUGAAAAGAUAUUUCACAGCAAUUUAGAUGGUACAUUUAUUCCCUACACUAUGCAGUGCUUGUUUUCUCACAUAAGCUGAAAUUGAGCAAACAGUGUAGAAUUUUAGCAACCAGAAAAUGACAAAGCAAUUUCCACUAAAUAACAUAGCUACAAAGUCAGAACAGCUUUCCCAGUUUGAAAACAGAUGCUGCACCGGCAGGAGAAAUCAAUAGGUGAAUAUCACAGCCAAUCACAACACUGGCGGGUCAUUAAUACGGUGAAACACCAUCAUUCCACUAUCAGUACCGGAUAUAUUAUGGACAUUUUUCUGAAAAUACAAUGCAAAAAGAAAUCCUAUGUGUAGCACCUUUAAUAUGUUCCACUAUAUUCAUCCUGUCUGAAAAAUAUGCAAAAACUCAAGAGAUGAUUAUCAUUUGACAUCAAAGGAGGACAAAAUGAAUUCUGCUAAAUAAAAUGCUAUUGCUAUAGACAGGA